AUGUCUACAACUCUGAACCCGCCUGGCGUCGUUCAACCGCAGCCUCAAAUACAACAGAAGCCAGAAGAACCAACUAUCAGGGGUUUAUUACCGAAAGAUGAAGAUAUGAUUAGGAUGUUAGUUGGACAAGGUGUCAUGGAAGGACUUGCUCGUGCCAAUAGACGUGUUUACACUCAUCCCCUUCUUCUCUCCCUUUGGAUCCUCAUUGGCGCUUUAUUAGACUAUCAAUUCUCUUACUUUCCUUCCCCCGAUAUCCCAUUAUCCACAAUAUACCCUCUUGUCGGUCCGGCACUCGUUGCAUUACCCAUUCUAGGCGUUGUGGAAUAUCUUCAUCGACCAAUCUUCACCAAACUUCUCAGAACGACAAUAGGAGCUCCUGAUCUCGUGUCACCAUCAAGAUAUUAUUCUCAACAAACCAACAAUGUAUUUCCUCGUGGAAGUUGGGUAUUCAUACAUAAAUCUGAAAUUGUUGGUUGUAUCAUGUUAGAUCAUAAAUAUCCAGGUCAGAGUUUAGGUACGGUUUUAGGUGAAGAUGAUGGGAUAUUAGGUGAGAAAGGUAUUUUGGAUCAAGUGUUACUUUCUUCCGAUAAAGAUCAAAAAUCAAAAUCGAGUGGUAAAAGUGUCAAAUCGGACAAGACAACAUCACGAAGAUCGUCGAAACAGGGAGUAGAAGAGUCAGAGAUGGAAGGAAGAGUGGUACAGAUUAGACAUUUGGAUGUGGAUUUACCAUUUAGAAGACAUAAGAUCGGAACGGAACUCUUGGCUCAUUCUCUUGAUCAAAAAGGGAAGGAUAUCUCCAAGAAAGAAAAUGGAGAGUCAGAAAUGAUGGUGAUAGUCUUUACGAAUCCUUUCACUCCUGGUGGAGAAAAGUUUUGGCGUAAAGCGGGUUUCAGACCUUUGUCCGAUGUACAAACAGAGGGAUGGGAACGAUCGGAGAAAGUCGGAUUGUUUGGUUGGAGAGGGAGAUGGAUGGGGAUCAGAAGGGUCGAAUGGGAGGAAAGGAGGAAAACUAUAUUUGACAAACGGUCAACUUAG